AUGGUUGGUGCUCUCCCCAUUGGCGCAUGCGGUCUCCCGUUGACAAUCUAUUUUGAAAACCAACCACAAGAUGAAGGCUUGUCUCGAAAUAGCUUGAGGAAACCAGAUGAUGUGAUGCCAAGGGACAGCUUGACGGGGCUGUCGGAUUUGAUUCCACGUGUGUCGAGUGGAGAACUUUGGCUCGUACUUGUCAUGAACCUGCAACCAGAGCAUGCGAUCUGGCCCUGCAUGACUCGAGGGCGUUGGAGCUUGUCUUAUAUGUUGACUCAUGCCUUGAAGAUGGAGCCCUCUCGUUCGCCUUAUUUUCUAGUUGUUUCCCUCUGCUACAUCAGCGACUUUAGCAUUACGCCUAUUACCUUGGAGUCUUGUACCAGCUUCCCCGGUGAUGUGGAUCAAAGGUCCCACACUUAG